CAUCCACCUUGAUGCUUUUUCUCAAGCUCACCCCGGCUCACCCCCUCGUCGUCCUGCUUCCUAAAAGGGCUUUGGCCUCCACCGCUUAUUCAUGGCAAAGCAAAUCUGUUGCCCGGUUGAGGCAGGAAGCAAAAGCUCGUGGCUUAUCCGUAAAAGGCAAUAAAGCAAUGCUCACUCCGAGGCUGGAACGACUCGAUACCAUUCACGCGGGUGGAGCUCGGAAUAUAUCAAAUCAACCAAGUGUUGCACCAGGAAGACCACAAUCGCCUCAACCACUGACUUUCAACAAAGCCGAAGAGACUUUCUUAUAUACUCUGCUGCCUGAUAUAUCUCAGCCUGAUGCUGAACUCCCAAUCCAAAUUCCUUACGUUCCGGACUUCUGGGAUUCGUCACCCCCUGUGGCUAACGGGACUGACCAAGAAACGUUACUGCCCAAGCUUCUGGUUGUUGCUGGUGACACUCAUCCAGGAGGUGGACCCUCACACAAUCUCCUCGAUAUCGAAAACACUCCUGAGGGUUUUAGUCUUUUCAAUGGUAAAGUAGUGAAACCAGGACAGGGAGGGAGUGGGCUUUUGGAUGAUAUUGUGGAGGACGUCGGGCUACCACCAGUCAAAGAUAUGAAAAAGUCCUUCCAAGAGUUAUUUUCGUAGUCUUAUUUUAUUUACAGUAAAUAAAUAUUACUCAAAAAAAUCAGCACUCCUACUUUCGCUAA